CGACACAUCGCACGGCGCGGCAUCUUGAGAUACAUUUAGCUCCCGUUCAACGACUCUAGAUCUACGGGGCGCAGCUUCACAAAUCCUUUGACCACAUGGCUGCAUCGGGCAGCACGUUUCACGUGGGGGCGCAUCGAAGGAGCACCCUUGCCAUGCGACGCUUUGUUUGCGUGGAUUGGGCGGCGGCCCACAGCACUGCCUCUGUGUUUAGAUGAUGGUUUGCUGCAAACGUGUCUAUGAAGCUUCAUUGUGCUUCUAGUCGUUCUCACAUAUCUGUUCAUUCUGAUCCUAUCAUCACCGUCUAUCGACUAAGACACCAAACCUCACACCAUGAUACCACAACAUGACUGUCCGAUGGGGGGGCGUGUUCUACAUGUGCAAUGGUUUCCGUGGUUGCUGUACUAUAGAUCCAUGCAUGCCAGGUAGUACUUGUCCUGCCGACAAGGACCGAACUCCAGGGCGAUCCUCAGAACCAUCUCUCGUUCCAAUCACAUCAAUUUCGAAGGCCACGCCCACCACGACAGGGUCUCCAUCAAGGUCUACAACAGCAUCACCACCAUCUCUCGAUUCAGACAUCACAUUCAGCUUAGCAGAGCCAUCUUACAAGACUGUCACACAGAGUGCCUUGACCACAGCAACACCAUCUGGUGACGCACCAGAAAUGACAAGCCAUGUACAUUCGCCUGUAGCAGUUAUCGUUGGUGCGGUGCUGGGUACUACGGUCUUUUGUGUAUUGCUGAUCUCUAUGUUGCUAUAUCUAAGGAAGAGAAGGCAUACCAAGAUAUACAAAGCGCCGGAUUAUCCGUCUCCAUUGGUUGGCAGCGACAUGACACCGCAAUUAACGAACAAAGCAUCUUCGCAGUUUCAGCAAAAGAUAGCCGCACUUUGCAGAGCAGAGUCAAUAACAGAACAAGAUGAUCUCGCACAACUAGACAGUCGAGAGAUAGGUCGGGACAAACAUCGCUGUAACGGCUCUGUCGGGAAUCUCGCUGAGCUUCCUGCUGAGCCACUGCCGUGGCCAGGUAACUCUUCGCACGGUUAGACCAUACGUACACUAUGGCAAUAGUGAGAUGUAGCUUCCCGGUUCUGUAUGUAAAAACGGUGCGUAUCAACAAUCACCGGAGACGCGGGUGGUCAAGCCAGACACCAGAGGUCAUGGCCGGAGUUUAGAAUGGCUAACCCCAGCGUUAUCUUCCAGAGAAGAGACCACAUAAUAGCCCCUCCGGUUCAUCUAAAGUCGCAUCGCUCGGGUAGCGGAGAAGCCAAAUACUGGUUGUUGGAGUACAUAGUUUGAGGAGAGAUAAUGCAAAUGCCGCUUCAGCAC